AUGAAGUUGUCCAACCUCGUCCUUGUCUCGGGCUUCUUGCUCUCUGCCAGUGCGAGCCCCAUCCCAAGCCGCCACGCCGCCGUGGAUGCCGACCUGGCUUACAACAAGCCUUCCGCCAUUGCCCGAGCGGAGGUAGACGCCGAUCUGGCUUACAACAAGCCUUCCGCCAUUGCCCGAGCGGAGGUAGACGCCGAUCUGGCUUACAACAAGCCUUCCGCCAUUGCCCGAGCGGAGGUAGACGCCGAUCUGGCUUACAACAAACCUUCUGCCAUUGCCCGGGAUGAGGCCGCCGCCCUGGCUUGA